AAACUCUUGACAGUUUAAAGUAUCUUAGGGCGUGCAGUUCGGUUGUAGAUAGGCUAAAGUGCAACAAAUAUUUUAAGAUUUUAAGGGAAGGUCUACGAGGAUUGAAGUUGCCCCUGCGAAUGGCGCGCCACGUGACCUCACCACAGUCGAAUGCAGGUUCAAUAUGCAGAAAUAACGCGGCACUGAGUAUAUUCUGGAGCUUCCGGUUCGCUGUGCCUCGACGAAAAAUGCCGCCGCCCGGCCCUCAAAUCUCCAACCCCCAGCCCCACAUGGACAUUUCCAAAUGGCUGGACAUCCUGGAACUCAAACAGUACCACCACAUCUUCGACACGUACAAAGGAGUUGAGGACCUACUUCAGUUUUCCGAGGCCGAGAUAAAAGAGCUCGGCGUGAAGAAUGCAGCCCACAGAGCCAGGAUCGUGACAAGUUUAGUCGCUCUCAAGGAUAAAUACGAAAAAGGUAUAAUACCUCUUAUUUAUUACGUUUUGUCAACUGCUUAAGCCCCCCAAAAACACAAAAAUUGGAAUCGCGUACUGGCUUUCUAAAACU